AUGACUGCAAAGCAACUUGGAACGGGUCGGUUUUGUACGGAGAUGCUUCGUUGUCACCUGAUUCUAUUUCUCGACCGUUCUGCUGCAGUUCUAGAGAACAACGAUCUGUCUACAGCCGAGAAAUUGUCUUUUACAGUGAAGAUUCAUUUCGAUCUCUGCGGACUAAAGCAUUUCAACGACUUCCAGGACCGCCUUGACCAAAUAGCGGAGCAAGACUUCCUACAGCCAUUGCUCGAACUCUGUCAGAUCCAACAUGCUUUGAGCUACGUCAGUGUGCGGCUACUCGGACUUUUCACCAUGACCAGCAAAUCGACCAAAGCGUUGAUUGACUUGAGUGUGCUGGAUAUCAUGACGACGUGUCUUCGGAGGCAGAAUGAGUGGCUGUGCAUCAGAUUCAUCGUGGAGAUCAUCUACACAAUCUGUCAGAGUGACUUGAUCAAGACAAGAGCAGCUCUUGAGCAAAUUUCACGGUUAGACGCCUCAAUUCUGUUGAGCUUCGCCAAUCCAUUCCAAGUUGAACUUGAUGCUGCGACCGUGAUACCAUCUGACGACACCUUGCCAGGUUUCGGUAGGCAGGCGAUGAUGAAGGCCGGAGCCUUAUUCUCCAUCCUGGACCUUUUGAGUCAGCACAAGAGAGGCAUGCAGACGUUGACUGUGCAAGAGACUCUUCUUCUUCAUAGGCUCAAGAGCACAAUGUUGUUUUGGGAAAGUCUGGUGCAGACAAGGCUUGCAGUGGAAACAAACUUCUUGGUGUAG